AUGGAGAAAAUUUGCCAUGAAGAAAGGUGGGCGCUCGUCAAUUCCGCCGAGAAUUCAGCACCAACACCAGAAAACGGCGGAGGAGGGGAAGACGAUGCGGAUGACGCACUUUCCUUAUGCGAUCUCCCCCUCAUUCAUCACUCAAGAAAAGAUGAGGAUGAAGAGAGUAGUACUCCUCUCAUCAGAGCCAGUACUGAAACUCCAGAGGAUUUCGACUUCUGCUGUCUGUUGAAGGAACCAGAAAUGUGUGUGGCUGACGAAGUCUUUUUCCAGGGCCGGAUUUUGCCUUUCCGCCGUUUGAUGAGUUCAGGGGAGAGAUUUUUGCAAUAUUCCGGCAGCUGCAGAUCGAUUUCCAGGUCCGAGUCCAUGGAUUUUCACUCUUCCGGCGGCUUAAUUUCCAGCAGAAGUAGCAGUAUCAGCAGCCACCAGUCGUCAAGCAGCGGCAGCUCCGCCACGGAUCCCAAAUCACCACCGCUAAACCAAUUCCGCUCCCGCCCAAUUAGCCCAUCUCCCAGAACACGUUUUUCCAGCCCUAGACAAAAAAUGGUCAGGAACGACAACAGAAACCGCACCAAGAAAUCAUCGGCGUGGAACAUCUUUCGACUGGGACUACUAACCCCUCCCGAAAUCGCGUUCCAGGAUCUCAAAAGUCGGUGUCCCAGCAGCAAUAACCGCAAGAACUUCGGGAGCCGUAACAGCACCGGUAGCAACAGCAGCAGCAGCAGUGAUAAAAAGAUCAAGAUCAUACCGAGGACGGCUUUACUACUUGGCGGGUGCAAGUCGUCAUGUUCAGUCGAUGCAGUUGAUACAGUUCCUUCAAAAGUCGUGACCAUCAAGAGAAGCGCUCGCGACAGCGAGAUGGAGGCGCGAGUUGAAGAAGAAAACCUGCUGGCGAUGAAAUCACCCAAAAAGCGGUUGUCCCAUCGUCGAACGUUUGAGUGGUUAAAGCAGCUUUCACUAGAUGAACCGUAG